UCAAAUCAUUGUGUAUGAAACAUAAUCAAGAUAGUACUUAAAAAGGAUCAAAUGGAGAAACUUAUUUCAAACUGGUCAAAUAUAAAAUCUGUACCAGAAAACUACAUAUUCCCACUAGAAUCAAGACCUGGGGAUCUCAAAAUCCCAACAAGCAACAGCAUCCCAAUAAUUGAUCUCAAUGAAGCACAAAAGGAUGAUAGUGAUAGAGCUAACACAAUUCACCAAAUUAUCAAGGCUGCUCAGGAGUUUGGAUUCUUUCAGGUUAUUAAUCAUGGAAUCUUGGAGAAUGAAAUGAAGGAAACAAUGAGUGUUUUUAAGGAGGUGUUUCAGAUGUCUGAUGAAUACAAGCAAAAGUUGUAUCUUGAUGAUGAUUUGAAGACAUGUAAGAGGUUUACUAGCAGUCUAAGAUAUGAAACUGAAAAUGUUCAUUUAUGGAGGGAUAGUCUUAGACACCCAGCUCAUCCUUUGGAGGAUUGGCAACACUUGUGGCCUGAAAAUCCAACUGAGUACAGAGAGUGUGUUGGGAAUUUCUCGGUUAAAAUUAAGGAGUUAGGUUCAAGGAUCAUGGAUUUGAUUAGUGAAGGCCUUGGUCUAAAGUGUGGAUAUUUUGACAAUGAUCUUACCGGAUCAUUGAUUAUCUCAAUUAAUCAUUAUCCACCAUGCCCUGAACCAAGUUUAACACUAGGUUUAAGCAAACACAAAGAUCCUUACCUAAUAACCAUUUUAAUGCAAGAUGGUGUAAGUGGCCUUCAAGUGUUAAAGGAUGGAAAGUGGAUUACUGUUGAGCCUCUUCCUCAUGCAUUUGUUAUCAACAUAGGCCAUCUAUUGGAGAUAAUAAGUAAAGGUAAGCUAAAAAGCGCUGAGCAUAGAGCUGUGACCAAUUCAAGUCAAACUCGCACAAGUGCUGCCUUUUUCAUAGCUCCAUCAGAUGAUUGUCUCAUUGAGCCAGCACAAGAUCUCACUCAUUAUGAGAACAACCAACCUAUUUUAAGGUCUUUUAAAUACAAGGAGUUCCUCAAGAAUUUCUUUGACACACUUGGUGAUACAGACCUAAUUCUCAAAUCAUUCGAGCCACCAAAGAAUUGAAUGAAAUUUUGUGGAAGGCAAAAUGUAUCAUUUAAUAAUGAUGUAAUAAUGGGACACCUUCAAUCUUUGUAUAAUUAAUUACAAUUAAUUAAAGGUUUACUUAAAUGAAGAAAAUAUUCUUCCAAAUAUAAAUAAAGUUGAACAAUUUGGUUCUAUACAUUCAUUUAUGAGUAAUAGUUAUUGCUACGAAAGGAUGAAACGAAAACCACAAUCAUUUAAG